UAUUUAAAAUGGAAACUAACCCUAUUAAAGUGAUUGUUUUGGGGCCUUCAGGUGUUGGAAAAACCUGUAUUAUAAAGCGUUAUGUUGAAAAUUCUUUGAAGGAUAACGUGGACGUAACCGUGGGGUGUGAUCUCUACACUUGUAAACAUGUCAUACAUGACAUCGUUGAUUGGACUCUCAAAUUACACAUAUGGGAUACCGCCGAUCAAGAACGCUACCACUCCAUAAUUCCUCAGUAUUACCGCGAUGCCAAGGUCGCCUUAUUGGUUUUUGAGAUCAUUUCACAGCCAAGUUUUGAAAAAAUGCAGAGAUGGUUUGCAGAAUUGAAAGAUAAUAUUUCUCCGAUGGUCUUAUGUGUGAUAGGAAACAAAACUGAUUUAGAAGAACAAAGACAAGUCACAAAAAAGCAAGCCCAGUACUACGCUGAAAGUAUAGGUGCUUCUUAUUACGAAUGUUCAGCGAAGAAAGGUAGGGGAAUUAGAGAAGUGUUUGAUGAUGUAGCUAGUCGUAUGAUAAGUCUACUUGAGAACAUAACUGGUUCUAGUGAGGUACGAUCAGGAGCCAACACAGAAAAUAUAUUAUUAACGAACCUAAGACUUGGCCCUUCCACACGGAACAAUGCAGUUCCAACCCCUGGUGGUCCUGAUAAGUCACAAUGUAAUUGUUGACUUUUGUAUAAUUUUUAUGUAUAGCCCCUAGAAAUACAUAGUAUCGUCAUCCAUUGCUGUACGAGUGGAGCAAAUGUAGUUGGUAACGCAAAAAAUUAUCCUGGUUUGGAACCAAAUUGUGUCAGCAGUCUUGUUACAUUAAAAUGUUAUG